AUGUCAAGGAAAUUAUCAGGCUGCAUGGAGUUCCAACUUCUAUCGUCUCAGAUCGAGAUCCAAGGUUUACUUCCAAAUUUUAGAAGAGCCUACAAGAAGCUAUUGGGACAAAGUAGUUGGGAGUCAUUUCUAUCAUUAGUAGCGUUUGGAUACAAUAAUAACUUUCAAGCUACUAUUGGCAUGGCUCCUUAUGAAGCUCUCUAUGUGCAAGCAGUCGAUAAAAUUAGAGACAAAAUAAAGUCAGCUCAAGAUAGACAUGAAAGCUAUUCAAACCUUAAAAGAAAGUCUGUUGAGUUUGAAGUCGGAGAGAAAGUAUUUUUAAAAGUAGCGCUAAUAAAAGGGUUUCUAAGAUUUGGAAAGAAGGGGAAGUUGAAACCACGAUUCAUACGUCCUUUUGAAAUUCUAGAAAGAAUUAGAAAUGUGGCGUACCGUUUAGCAUUGCCACCUAGACUAUCGGCAGUACACAACGUGUUCCACGUGUCAAUGUUUAGAAAGUAUGUACAUGAUCCUAAGCACGUGAUAAGCUAUGACUCAUUAGAAGUGCCGAAAGACUUGACUUAUGAAGAGGCCCCCAUGGAAAUUAUUGAGAGAAAAGUGCAUGCUUUGAGGAACACGGAAGAAGCUACUUGGGAGAAAGAAAAAGAGAUAAGAGCCAAGUAUCCACAGCUUUUCAACUAG